AAUAGAAGGAAUAUUGGCCCUUGGCACCAGGCCACCUCGCCCGGUUCUUUGUGCCAUAUGGAAUAAAGUAUUUUGCAGCUCUACGCCUUUUCUGGAGCUCACCCUCCAUCACCCAUGGCUCUUCCUCAACACCACUUCCAACAACACUACCAAUCCCAUCAGCACCAGCAGCAUCAACAACAACAACAACAACAGCAACAAUCAUCUAAAUCCUUCAGGAAUUUAUACAGAGUCGACGGUCAGAUAACCCCGCCGGUCGCUUAUUAUGAUCCUACUAAUCUACAAGAUCAGUCCCAGCAUCCUCCCUAUGUUCCACCUUUUCAUGUUGUCGGCUUUGCCCCUGGUCCGGUAGCAGCAGCAGAUGGCGCUGAUGUUGGGAUGGAUUUGCCAUGGAAUUACGGUUUAGAACCAAAGAAGAAAAAAUUGAAGGAGCAGGAUUUCUUGGAGAACAAUUCGCAGAUAUCAUCCGUCGAUUUCUUGCAGCCGCGAUCGGUCUCCACGGGAUUGGGGUUGUCGCUUGACAACAGCCGCAUGGCUUCUACUGGAGACUCCGCAUUGUUGUCACUCAUUGGUGAUGAAAUUGAUCGUGAGUUACAGCAACAGGACACCGAGUUUGAUAGAUUCCUCAGAGUUCAGAGUGACAGAUUGCGGCAAACUAUUCUGGAGAAGGUCCAGACCACCCAGCUUCAAACUGUCUCAAUUGUGGAAGAAAGUGUUCUUCAGAAGCUCCGACAGAAAGAAGCAGAAGUGGAGAGCAUUAACAAGAAGAACAUGGAGCUUGAAGAUCGAAUGGAACAGUUAACCGUUGAAGCAGGUGCUUGGCAACAGCGAGCUAGAUAUAAUGAGAACAUGAUCACUGCUCUCAAGUUUAAUCUUCAGCAAGUAUAUGCUCAAAGUAGAGAUAGUAAAGAAGGAUGUGGUGACAGUGAGGUGGAUGAUACGGCUUCUUGCUGCAAUGGCCGUUCCAUUGAUUUUCAUCUUCUUUCCAGAGAGAAUAAUGAUAUGAAAGGGAUGAUGACUUGUAAGGCUUGCAGAGUCAAAGAAGUUUGCAUGCUUCUAUUACCUUGUAAGCAUCUCUGCCUGUGUAAAGAUUGUGAAAUUAAGCUAAGCUUUUGUCCUAUCUGUCAGUCAUCUAAGUUUAUCGGGAUGGAGGUAUAUAUGUAAUAUGAUAUUCUUAUCAAAGCUCUAAUGUUACAGUUAUUAAAUUGUUAUGAAAUUGCUUCCAUUUUGUC